CACUAAUUUGAGAGAUGAAAUGAAGAGAAAUGUAAGAUUUGGAAUUUUAUGUAAUUUAAGACCAGCUACUUGGUUUUGGAUUACAGAUAUAAAAAAUACUUAAAUGGUAAAGCAUUCAUCAAAUAUUUAUCAAAAAUUGAAAUCAUAUGAAUCUUAAUAUGAUCAAUAAAUAUUUAAAUGUAUUAAAGAGCUGGAUAAAAAAGUAUUUAUAAAUUAUAUAUUUUGAAGUACAAUGAUUUAGUUUUUGACAUCUUAAGAGCUUAUGCUAAUUAUGAUGUUGAAAUUGGAUUUAUUAAAGGGAUUGAUAAAAUAGUUGAAUAUUUAGUAUAAUAAUUGGAUCCUGAAUAAUAUAUUAAUUUAGAUUACUCAUAUAAUUAAUUUAAUAGAAUGAGUGAUUAUUAUGAAUAAAUGGUUUUUUGGAUGACUAUUCACAUUCUAUUUAAUUUAAAUUAUCGAAGAAUACUAAAAUAAAAUAUAAGUUUUAUAGAAACUUAAAAAUUUCAAAAUGCUCUAAUGCCUUCAAUAAAAUAUUUUAUUGAAUAACACUAAGUGAAAAUAAGUGAUUUAAUUGAGGUUCCUCUUUUAUUUUACUUUUGGUAAUAAAUAAAAAAAGAAGACUUUAUUAAAUUAUUUGAUGUAUUUCUUUUUGAAGGAGAAUGUAAGAUAAUAAUAAAUAUAAUAGCAAUUCUAUAACAAACUCUAUUAAAAUUUUUAAAAAUAUCAGAAGAUUUAAUUUGUUAAUUUUAAACAUAAGCAGAUUUAAAGAUCUUUAUAAAUUAAACAUUAAUUGCAUAUGGUAUUUCAAAAAUAGAAAAGAGUAAUUAAAAAUUAAUGAAUUUUCUAUUAUGA